AUGGCGACUCGGGUCGAGGUCGGUUCCAUAACUUCCCUGACAGGAGUGCCAGGCCUCGGCGAGAUCUCCAAGGAGGAGACCCUGAAGCGGACCUACUUCUGCCAGGCUGGCGACACCCCCGGGGCACCCUCAGCGCUGCUCUUGGAAGGAAAAAGCCCCCUUAGGAGCCCGGCCCGCUUACUGCCGCUGCCCAGACUUGCCCCCAAGCCCUUCUGCAGGGAGACGGCCCCGGAUGUGAAAUCCCUUGUCCCAUCCUUGGGGCCCGGCCCAACUAGCCCGUCUCCUCCCUGUGGGCGCUCCCAGGACGUGGUGGCAAAGGACCUGAGCGAGAAGAUGCCUGGCUUGGUGGGGCAGGAGGUGGGGAACGGGGAGGGCCUGAGGAGAAGCUCGUCUCUGUUCAACAAGGCCACCUUCCCGCGGCCCCGAUCCAGCACCCUGAUUGUCUUUGAAACCACCAAAGCUGGCCCCGCUCUGGGAAAGGGGAUCAGUGAGGGGGCUCGGGAGGCCACCACGGGUGUGUGUCAGGAGCCCGCUCUGGGCUCCCGGCCCGAGAUGGCUGUCAAGCCUGCCCUGCCUUCCCGAAAGCCUGGGACCCUUCCCCGACCGGCCUCCCUGUCACAGGACAUCAAGCCAGCUGCCCCCCAAGAGGAGACAGGCCCAAAUGAGACUCUGUGGAAGGCCAGGAGUGUGGAGGACACAGGGGACCCCGCUCUGGAGCCCAAGCCUCGCCUGAGGAGAAGGCCUGUGUCGGCCAUUUUCAUCGACUCCAUUCAGCCUCAGAAGCCAGGCCCUGGCGGGGUGGCCGCGGCGGGGAAGGCGCCCCCAACCCCACCUGAGAAGACAUGGGUGAGGAGGCCCAGGCCUCUGUCCAUGGACCUCACGGCCCGGUUUGAGAGCAAAGAGGCCUUGCUGAAGAAGGUGGCCGACGAGGCCACCACAGGGUCCACUGUCCAAUGUCGGGGCCCGGAGAGGGCCGACCCAGAGCCCAAAGUGGACAUGGAGUGUUGGGUCAGAGCAAACCCUCGCCUUCGUGACUCAGACUCGGAUUUCCUGGAGGUAGCCAAGAAGACCCGAGAACAGAAGGAGAAGGUGCUUUUCAAGCAGGCAGAGACAGACAGCCUCAGAACUGCAGGGGGCUCAGCCAGGGGCACCCCCACGGAUGACCAGCAUCCCGGAGAAGAGAAAGCCAAGCUGCUCAGGGAGCUGGAGAGGGUGCCCCCGUCCCCCUUGCCCAGACCGGGGAAAGACCAAGAAUUUGCUGAGGUCAAGAGCAGAGCAACUGAUGGGGAAAGCCGGCUGGAGGGAGGAUGGGCCCCCAGGGGCAGCGUCAAGAAGCGCAUCAGCCUGUUCGGGGAGGAGAGCACCUUGGCCUUGGCAGCAGAAUCCGGACCCCCACCGGCCACCCCUGAGCCCCCGUCAGCUGCCCCAGAGCCCGAGAAAGUGGGUGUGAGUGUCCAGGAGCGGAUCAAAGGCUGGGCUGCCGAGAGCUCGGAGGCAAAGCCGGAGAUCAGGAGGAAGACUUUCCAGGCACGGCCGUUGUCGGCGGAUCUGACUAAACUGUUUUCGAGUCCAGCGUCUAGCAGUGAAGUCAAGUAUGAGAAGUGUUCUGAGCUAAGUGGCGAGCUUCCUAAGGAACCUGGAGAAAAGCAAAAGGAAGGGCAUGGUGUGGAUGGAGCAUCCCUCCCAAGAAGCCCCUGGAAGCCUGGUUCACUCCGGGAGAAGUCUAGGCAGACAGAGUGGAAAGACAGUUCUAACCAAGUCCCCAGCAACUGUCGGGGUAAAAGCUCGGUGGGGGCUCUGAGCCCUUCUGACAGCACUCCAGAAGAUGAUGGAAGCUUCCAGACCGUGUGGGCCACAGUGUUUGAGCAUCACGUGGAGCGACACACAGUGGCUGACCAGUCACGACACUGUCCCUCGGCCAUGCCCCGCAGAGGUGUGGCAGAUGCCCAUGUCUCAGAAGUCAGACCCAGGCGUGAGAGAAGCUCUUGGCUGGGGAAGGACCUGCCGGAAAACACAAACCUCAUGAAACAGAACUCCAGAUGGGUUGAAAAUACCAAUACAGAGAAAUGGGGACAGACCACCCUUUCGAAUGGUGAACCCAGACAGUAUCACGUGCCCUUCCCGGAAGAACACCCUUUGGAUGAUAAACGCCAUAAAAACCCCUUCCUCCAACGCUCUGAAAAUCCUCCCCCAUCCCAGAGGGUCGAGCCCAAGUAUGACAUCGUGCACACGGUGGGCAAGCGUGUGCACAGUGAGGCUGUCUCCACGGCGUUGGAGGAAAAAGCCGUGACCCUGCGAAGUGGCAGGUCUCAGGUCUCACCGAAGGGGAGGCAGCAGUCCCACGAGGUCACCCCUACUGACCCAGAGUGCAGGCUGGGAGGUCAGGCGGGGUCUGUCCAAAGGGCCAGUUUGAUUUGGGAAGCUCGAGGGACUCAUGACGUCAGUGGGCCAAAGCCGGACUUCCGAGAGCCGAAGGACACGUUUGGGGGCAAUUGCCUAUCACCCAAAUGGACAGGUGGGGUGACUGUGAACUGGCAUAAAGUCACCGUGGUGGCCAAUGAAGAGAAAGGCUCAGAACUGGGUCCCGAGGUCAACAGCGAGCGCUCAGCCAGGCCCUGUGGCCCCCAAGCCAGCCCUGGGAGGGCCACCCAGGCCGCUGUCUGGGAGGCCCUGCAGGAAGGGCCUGACGAGGCCAGGAAUAAGUCAGGAGGCUGCAGCUCAGUGGGAGAAAGGGGUCCCCCCUGGGGGUGCCUUCUGGAUCUUCCUCCCAGGGGUAAGGACGAGCCGUCUGACUUCCAGGCACGGUUGCAUCCAGAAGAGCGGGUGCAGAAGGGACCCCUAGCUGUGGCUGCUGGUGAGGGUGAGCCACGGCCGGCCCAGGCACCGGAGCCCGAGGCCAAGAUGCGGAAGGUGGGUCCCCUGGACCAGAGGUUCGAGAGGUGGCGGCGGCGGACAUUGCCCCACGACGUGAAGUUUGACGAAUUCAGCUUUCUGGCCCCAGAAAACUCUUGGAAGGUGGAGCAGAGAAGAACAGACCAUUGGAGCCCCACCACCAGUGCCUUAAGAAAACCUGAGCUAUCCCACCACAGGGCGGAGACCCAGGAGGUGAGCCCAGGUGCUUCCCAAGACCCGACUCGGCCAGCGGUGAAGCAGGGGUCCUCUUUGGAACCCAGGGCGACAUUUUUUGCAGUGACAUAUCAGAUUCCCGACACUCAAAAAGCGAAGAGCAUUGUUAAGUCAGGGCCUGAAAACUUGAUGGAACAUUCUAGAAAAACAGUCCCGCCUCCUUCUCCUCAUCCUCUAACAUCCACCUUGGUUUCUCUUAACCAUGAAGAGCCACUGGAGGCCAAGGGCAGUAACAACUGGGCUAAGGGCAAAGAGCGCCACAGCGCAAGCUGUUCAAAACCUCCAAAGCCAACAGGCCACCCAUCACCUCUUGGGGACGGGACUCUGGAUCCUUCUAGUGAAAGAUGCAUGGAUGCUGAUGCUUUACGGACCCGCCGGGGACCAGAAGAUGGCACCGGUUUUCAGAACAAUCGUAAGGAUAGUGGGAAUAGGGCACCCCCCAGCAAUGCCCCCGAAAGCCACCCGGAAGCCAGUGAUCUCCUCAUCGGAAGGGACCCUGAGGUGGUCAGUGCGAGGGUCCCGGGGAAAAUCAAAGAUGGCUACAGAUCCAGCGUUCUCGACAUUGACGCCCUGAUGGCAGACUACAAGAAGCAGGAGGGCCAGGAGUCAGCGGUCGGUACGCCCGCAGUGCCCAGUGGCUCGACUCUGGAGAGGCCCGGCCGGCAAGGCAGGGCGGACCCAAGAAGGAGGAGUUUGAGGGAGAGGUCUGAAGCUGAGGGUCUCCGGAAACAAGCCAGUUUUGCCGAAGCAAACCACGGUUCCAGUCCUGGCUUGGGCAGGCGGCCAGCAGAUGCCCCGGGGGCAGCCGCGAACCCCACACUCAGCCCUCCUCUGUGGGCUCUGCCACUCUCGGCUCCUAAUGAAAAGUAUCCAGGGGCCUCUUCUGGCCCCGCAGGUCCCCGGAGACAAGUUUUGGGAACCCCUGAGGGUGACAGAAAGGAUUUGGUUAGUAAACCUCAGAGUGCAAAGUAUCCGAACUCCCCAGACGAGUCAAAGCCCACUCCCUGGGAGGAUCUGAGCAGUGGGGCCAGCGUGUUGGCUAGAUCCUCUCCCACUGACCAGAAGAAAGGGACCCCAAGGAAAUCCAUUGGGAGAGGAGAGGAGGACAGUGUGGUCCAGCGGGGUGAUCACCCCUACGACUGCGGCAGGUCACCGCUGAUUGUCAAGAGGGCCUAUUCGGAGAAGGGGCCCCCUGCCAAAGUCCGAGAGGGCCUGUCUGUCAUGCAGGAAGCGAGAGAGAGGAGGCAAGAGCAACCCAAAGGGAGGUCCAGCUUCCCCGGAGACAGUUCUGAGGCCAAGGAGACCAAAAUGGGGCCCUGCUGGCGAGAGUCGGGGACUCGAGACGGUCAAAAGGUGCCACCACAGGACCUGGGGAAGGAGGAUGCCCUGCCGGACAAGGAGCAGCCACUCUGGCAGGGGUCCCCCGCAGCCUCGGGCCCCUGGAGGAGCCACAGUUUCUGCAAGGACAAGAGGAGCGGGCCAUUUGUGGACCAGCUGAAGCAGUGUUUCUCCAGGCGGCCCCCUGAGGCCAAGGAUACCGACACCCUCGUGCAGGAAGCUGACAGCCAGUAUGGGACAUGGACGGACCAGCGCCAGAGCCGGGAGAGUCUGGCCCCCGAGUCCCCGUCCCCAGACAGCAGUGCCGUGUCGGCCCGGAAGCAGCUCCCCAGCAGCCGCUUGUCCUCACUGUCCUCCCAAACGGAGGCCACCUCAGCCGGGGACCAGCACAGCUGCUCCAGGGACCAGCGGAGCACCAGCGUGGACCGAUCCAGCACCGAUUUGGAAUCCACCGAUGGGAUGGAGGGGCUGCCUCCGCCAGACCCCUGCCCCUCGAAGAGGGUGGACGACUUCUCCUUCAUUGAUCAAACCUCAGUCCUCGACUCAAGUGCCCUCAAGACCCGGGUGCAGCUCAGCAAGAGAAGCCGCCGCCGGGCUCCCAUCUCCCACUCCCUCCGGCGCAGCCGAGUUAGUGAGUCGGAGAGCAGGUCUCCUUUGGAGGAGGAGGCUGACAAUGUGUGGAUGUUCAAGGACUCAACAGAAGAGAAAUCUCCCAGGAGGCAAGAGUCCGAUGAGGAGGAGGAGAAGCCCUCCAGGGCUGAGAGGACCCCCACCAGCCAUCCGCAGAGGAUGCCUGUGUUUCCAGGCAUGGACCCGGCAGUGCUAAAGGCUCAGCUGCACAAGAGGCCAGAGGCCGACAGUCCCAGCGAGGCCUCAGGCUGGGCCCCCCAGCCCAAGACCCCCAAGUCCCCCUUCCAGCUGGGCAGUCGCGUGCUGCCCUCCAGCAUGGAGAAGGAUGACAGGUCGGAAGAGCCCUCUCCCCAGUGGUUAAAGGAGCUAAAAUCCAAGAAGAGGCAAAGCCUGUAUGAGAACCAAGCUUGAGCAGACAACGGUCACUGCCACGUCUAACAAACAGAAGCCUUAACUGUCAGAACCCGAAGAUGAGGCCACGCUGAUGCCAUUCCUUCCUGCACAAGGCUCCCUCCCUGGGCCCUUCCAGUGGGGUGGAGAACACGGCCCCGUGCCUCCUGCCUCUCCACAGGCUACCCCCCCCACCGCCAAUUGGGGCGCGAAGACCCGCUCUCCUCAAGCCCUUGCACGUCCCCCCAGACAACACUUGAGGCUGAGGAUGAAGCCAGGCUGCCCAGAAUUGUCCAUGCUGGUGGUUUUGUGUUUUAUGUGAAUACUGGGCAUUUCUACCCACCGUAGACAUCACUUCGGGACCGUCAGUCUGAGGCUGGACCAUCUCCCCAGGUUCUGGAAAACACCUCUAUUGUGAGAGCACCUCUCCCCUCGCCACCACCCCCCCCACCACCACCAGGGCACGUCCUUUCAAAAGCCUGUUUCCAAGGAAGAAGAAACUCCGUUUCCUGCCGUGAUUGUGGCCCAAGGCAGGGUCACGGGGUUGGGUUGUGAUUGCUUUAUGGGCGAGUUCCAUCUCCUUCCCUCUCCCAAGAAUCAGCAGCUCCAAUUUUUUAAACAUACCCACCCUCUUGUUUCAAGUGUAUUUAUCGUCACAAUGGGGCUGUGCGCAUAGACGACCUGCUCAUUAUACAUCACUUUGGUUUGCUUUAGAAGGCGUUAAAGCAAUAAUUCAGCCAGCUUUCUUUGAAAUUUGGUAUGUAUACGUUUUUUACGUUCAAGAGCAGAAGAAAAGAUGUGUGAAUAAUUGGCUUGAAGUAUCCGAUCAUCUCAGGUUAUCUUAACCCAUCCGUGUUUUUAAAAGAAAAUUCCAGUUGUCACCUUUGUAUAUAUAUUUUCCUGAUUUCAUUUGAGCUCUGAUUUCUGUGGAGUGACCAUUGUCCCUUGGCCUCAAGGUUCAUCAAAGGCAGCCCGAUGGCAGUGCCUUUCGCACCCAAACAUCAGACCCGCCCUGAGAAUCUUCUUCUCCAGUCUUUUUUGAACAGCGCCCAAGAUGGAAGCAUCAUUCCAAAUUGGAACAAAUGUGUGAAUGGGAGGGAGGGGGUUCUUCUGUUUCUCUCCCCUCUUCCUUCUGCCACUCCCCCACCCUACCCCCUGCCAACUCUACC